UUCAAACGGAUAGGCGUCAGUGAAAUUAUUUUCAAUUGUUACCUCAACAAUUAUUAUUUAAACAAUAACCGUCGGGGUGCGUUGAUACUCUCAAUAACUCGAAAAUUCAAGGCUGUGUGCUCCAUCAAAAAAAGUCUCCCUUCAAAUCCUUCCUCCAAUCUCUCGAACCUUUUCUCAAAAUUAAAAAAAGUGUUUUGGUUAUGUUUCCUGGUGUAUAGAGUGAACGUUUAGAGUGAAAACAAGUUUCUCCCUGGAGGAACUCGAAUAUUUGAGUAAAUAAAUAGAUAAAACCACCAGUGGACAGAUCGAGAAGCAGAAAUAAAUGUCUCAUCCGGGGAAUUUUAUUUUCUCAUCGAAGAUGUGAAGAAAUUGGCAAUUGUAGAGCUGAUAUUUGCACUAGGUGUUGACAAACACAAUGUCUGAGCCUCCCAAGAUGGGAGUUCUUGGCUCCAAGGAAGAGGACAAGAGUGUUGAUGGACAGAUGGGGAAGGAGGACUCGCCCUACGAUACAGAGGCUCUCAGUAUCAUGGAUAUAAAUGAUAUUAUUGGUGUGCAAACAGAACCUGUUGGGGACUCGACUCUCGAGGGAGAGAUGGCCGCCCUCUCGGCGAUGAUUACAGAGGGAAAGACAGAUGAUCCAGAGUCUGAAAUACCCUCCACCGUUGAGAAAGAGAGGGAAAAAGAUGGCUCCAAAGAGGAAUCCACGAUCAAUAAGAGUCUUCAGCUGAUAGGAGAGGCUUACAUAUCCGAAGACUCCCAGGAGGUGGCCUCCGAGGGAGACGAAGUAGCUCCCAAGGUGGUUUUCUCCUGCAAACUCUCAGUGGACAAACGGAUUCCACCACAGGAUGCCACGGGCUUCCUGGAUCUGUCUUCUGAAGAUUUAAAAGAUGUCGAUGCAGAAGUUAGUGAGGAGAAUCCUCUCUCGGGAGCUGAGGGUGAGGAGAAACCUGCUGAACCACCUGGGGAUGAUGUUCCAGGGGAAGGUAUUGACUUAAUUCCCAGUGAGGGACAGACUGAGCCAUUGCCUCCAGUAGAUGAUGUACAGAUUAUUCCAGAGGUCGGGCGAAGUGAGGGAAAAGGCUCUGAAGAAGAGGAUUUACUUUUGGGACCUGAAGAUGGAAUUGAAACAGCCGAUGAACAUGAAAAGGUGACAGAACAGAUCCCGGAAGAAUCUUCUCAGGUCGAAGAAGUUGAGGCAUCCGUUGAAGAAAUGCUCGUGGACGCUUCUCAGGACGUGGGAGCAGGACUUGAGCCUAUGGAGGUCGCAGGGGAAGACCAACCUGAUAAGACGGAAAUCCUGGAUCACCUGGAGAGCAGUUCUCUAGUUCUGGAUGAAGUCGCCGGCAAAGGAGAUGCUCCAGCAGGGGAAAUAAAUUCUGAUGGAGACUCUUCGAAGGAUCAAUUAUCUGAUCUCCAGGUGGAAAAAAUUGAACUUGAAAAUGGAAAAAUUCAGGUGGAAGAGGAAAUUGAAGGGAAUACUCCAGACGCAAUCGGAGAUAUUCUGGAGGAAGUGACUUCACUGGAAGAUGAAAAAGAGAGACAUGAAGAGGGGACUAGUGCACGAGAUUCUGAAGGGAGAGAUUCAUUGCUGGAGGAAUCUGAAAUUAGUCCAGCUAUUUCGCAAGCUGCUGUUGAAUCGAUUGAUCAAAUUACUGGUCCAGCAGAAGAGGAAGGAGUAGAUGAAAUGGAAGAAUGUCCUGUCGAGGAACCUGAUAAAAUGGAAGAAUCAGUUGUUGAAGAACCGGAUGCAAUGGAAGAUUCAGCUGUUGAAGAACCGGAUAAAAUGGAGGAAUCAGCUGUUGAAGAACUGGAUAAAAUGGAAGAAUCUGUUGCUGAUGAACCGGAUAAAAUGGAAGAAUCCGCUAUUGAGGAACCAGAAAAAAUGGAUGAAUUUUCUGGUGAAGAACCGGAAACGAGUUCGAUGAAUCUUGAAGAAGAAUCUGGUCCUGUAAUAGAAGUAUCAGAAAAUAUGGAAGAAGUAAUUCCAGAUGUUCCAGUUGAAGCUGAAGUGGAGGAACCUCCGGCGUCGCCUCCUGGACCUCCGGAGGAAAAUUUAAAAACCCUCGAUAUUCACCUCAAAGAAGGUGAGAGCACAGAGGGACAGAGAGAUAAUCCCCGCGAGACUGAGGAGACAACCGAGAGUGCAAAAGCUGUCGAUAAUAUUCCUGACCUCAAAGAUCUACCUGAAGCUUCCUUUGGAGCUCCUGAAGAGCCCCCUGAAAAAUCCACUCAAGAACCCCCUGAAGAACUCCUUGAAGCGCCUCCAGAAAAAGUUCCAGAUGUCGUUGAACUCCCAGGAGAGAUACUAGAAGAAAUCGAAAUCUCUCCAGCUAUCGAAGAAACUUCAAAACAACAAGAAGAAAUUUCACAACAAAUUGAAGAAACUCCAAAUAAAAUGGAAGAAGUUUCACCUCAGAUUGUAGAAACGUCAAAUAAAAUCGAUGAAAUUUCCCUUCCGAUUGAAGAAACAUUAGAUAAAAUGGAUGAAAUUUCGCUUCCGAUUGAAGAAACUUCAAAUAAAAUCACCGAAAAUUCUCCUCAACUUCAAGAACCCACAGACUCUCCCCCAGGAUCUCCUCCCACCGAAGUUGGUUCUCUGCUCACAACCGGAUCUGCCCCUGAGGAAGUCAUCGAAAAUCCAGGGAAGACCGAAGAAAUGGAACUUGACCCAAUGCCAGCAGUUCCUGACACUGAGGAUCUAUUCGAGGACGCGAUGGAGAGCUUGGAGGGAAUCCAGCCAGAAGGGAUCAUUGAGGAAGGCCUCGGGGAUGAUCUAAAAUCUCCAGGAAUCGUAGACACCAUUGAAGAGCCAGAACAAGCAGAAAUACUCGACUCUCCGCCAAAACUCUUGGAAAAUUCCUUCAACCUGGACCAACAGGAGAAAAUAGACAUCCCCGACGAGCUCCUGGCAGAUCUUCCAGAGGAGCUCGACCCCCUGGCCUCGAACCCAGAGAUAUCUGAACUGGAGUGCGCAGUCAAGUUUCUCCAGGAGUCAGAGGAGCAGGAGAUCGAGUCUCCACUGGUGCUGUCUCCCAAACUCGUCGAGAAUGUGGAGCCUGAGUUGCCCCAGUCAUUCCCUCCAGGUGACGAGGACCAGGUUGACCUUGAGGCCGAGCUUGAUCACCUCAUAACAGAUCCAAUAGCCAUUUCCGAGGCUGAGAUAAUUUCGGAGGCUGUCAAACUCGAGAGUGAAAAGAAGCAGAAGGAAGAGGCGAAAAUCUCCAUCGAGUCAUUCCCUGCCGAGGAAGAAGUGAAACAAGAUAUUAAAGUAGAAGUAAAAGCGGAGAUAGAAAUCAAAGAAGAAAUAGAAAAAAAUGACGGACCAGAAGAGAAAAAAGUUGUUGCAGAACCUGUGACGAUAGCGGCUUCAAAGGCAGAAUCUUCAGAAUUACUAGGUGACCCAAAACCGACAGGAAAUCUCCCAAAGAUAUCAAUCCUGGAAGAGCGACUGAGGGAGCCCCCAAAGAUCGAAAUUCCCACAGCAGAGCCCAGGAUCUGUGACACCCCGAUGACCCCAAAAACAAGCCUCUUGAUCCAGCGAGACGCCAAAAUUUAUUACCACAAGAUGCUGGACUCGCCUCAAUCCCAGGAGACUAAAAUCCCAGAGACCCGAAAGGAUCACGAUAAACACGAUAUCGAUAAUAUUGGCUCGCCCCGGAUAAUCCUGAAGAUUCCAAAAUCAGCGAUAGCCGACUGCAGCGAGCCGAGAUCCCCGAAGAGUCCCAAAAUCCGUUCAGCUGCGAAUUCACCAAAUCCAGAGGACAGCCCGGGCCAGAAACUGGGGAAAAUCAGGAUGAAAUUAUCCCGAAGUGGUCAUCCAUCGAUCAUCUCCAACGAGACAGAAGAGCCACAGAGAGGUGACAGCUCCCUGUCACCUCUGGGUAUGAAGAUAAAACUCGGGAAAUCAGGUGACGCUUCGAUCAUUCAAUCAGAGAAAUUCGAUCCACCAGAGGACAAGAGGCUGGAGUCACCCCUGGGAAUGAAGAUAAAACUACCAAAAUCGGGUGAAGCACCCUCGAUUAUUCCGCAAGAUUUCAAGGACCUGCAGAAGCACAAGAUUGACAUGCAGCAGUCUCCGAAGAGAACGGAGUCACCGCUGCCAAUGAAAUUCAAGCUAUUGAAGACAGGUGAUGCAUCGAUAAUCCAGCAGGUGGAUAGAGUGGAGGAUGAGACCCGGGAGAUAUCCCCAGAGGUCUCCAGGAGGACGGACUCCCCCCAGGGUGUAAAGAUGAAGAUAUCGAAGAAGAGUGGAGCAUCGAUUCUGGAUCCUCUGCCCUCAGAGUCUCAUAAUUCUCCCAAGGACAAGUUGGAGCUGCCAGAGAUGCCUCGACGUACGGAAUCACCUCUGAGUAUUACUAAAAUAAAACUCUCAAAGUCCGGUGAUGCCACGAUUAUUCAUCCCGAUGUACUCGAGGACAAUCAGGAUAAAAAUAAAAUCGAUGUGUCAUCGACGACAGCCGAGUGCGUGACAGGUGUCACAUCACCCAUUGGUGUGAAAAUUAAACUGACGAAGACAGGGGAUGCCAUGAUUAUUCAUCCUGACAAGGAGGAGGAUGUGAAGGAGCCACACCCUAUGAAAAUAAAAUUAUCGACGAUCAAAUCGAAGACUGAGGGCUCUGGGGCUCAGGAAAUCGAGGGAAAAGAGGUGAAGAUCAUUCAGAAGCCCCUUGACCCGGGGAUUGAGUCGAUGAAGAUCAAACUGUCCAAAACUGGACAUCACACUAUUGUUUCCAGUGAGACUGACAAGUCCAAGGAUCUCAUCGAGGUUUAUUCAUCCCAGAAUAAAUCCUCGGAGGUGACUAUCGAGCCGAUUAACCCAGAGGACAGCCUGAAGAGAAGGGACACGACGAUCACGUCACCAGUGGAGGCGAAGAAGUAUAAAAUGGAGACGAAGCUAUCGCAUAUUUUACCAGAGGUGACGAUACAGCCACUCACACCCAAGGAUCACAGACCUCAUCCUCAGGGAGUUUCAGCACAAGGUGGUGCAAUCAGUCGACAGCAGAUGAACGUUAUCAAUCGAGAGAUCAGCAUCACUCAGGUGCGAUCACUAGCUGGAAAUUUCAAUUCGAUAAUAGAGAAUGAGGCUGAAGACGUGGAGAUCAUUGAGCCUCACCCUGAGUUGAUCAUUGUCAACGAGAAUUCAAAUUCGAGUCAGGAUGUUAUGAUCAUCGAGGAAGUGGCUAGGAUUCCUGAGGUGAAGAUUCCGAAGAAGAGGGGAAGACCCAGGAGGCAGCCUGUGGUCGAGUCCAUCCCCAGGGAUCCUCUGGCUCUAGAUGUACCCAUGAGAUCUGUGGAACCCAAGGAAAAUGAGAGGCCAAAGAGGACUUGCAGUCGUCAAAAGAGUUAUGCACCACCAAAAAGGGGACGGGGACGGGGUCGAGGGAAGAGGAAACUCGAUAGAACGGACUACGUCGUGACUAAAAAGCCCAGGAUCGAGCAAAAUCUCACAAUUAUUGAGAAUAGAACUACUGCAUUGAUUAAUCUCGAUGAUGAGGGAGUUUCUGAGAACUCGGCGGAGAUUUAUAAAGUUCUCAGGAAUCCCCAGGGCCAGGGCAUCGGGAUCGAGGCGUUGGAGAUCGAUGGAUCCAGGAUUCAACUGGGGAAGGGAAAGCUCGAGGACGCGAAGGAGGGAAAAGACACGUUUGGGGCGCCGGAUAGACAGAAUUGGCUCACACCUACCUCUAAGAAACUUCUCGAAGGCCGGAGUGAUAUAUCUACUGUUCAAGUCAUUGAUGAGGAGACCAGGAUGAGUGCUGAGUCGUUCUCUAGGUCACAGACUCCUGCCAGGAGCAUUGGGGCGCAUGCUGGUGAGACAAUAAUCAACGAGGAGUCCCAGGGUAGUGUGGUGAGUACAGCAACGACAGAGUCUGAGAAAGUAAAAGUGAAGAAUCGAAGAAUGGAGAUAAAUUUUGAUCCAGACGAGGGCCCAUUCACAGUGGAAAAAAUAGCUGAGUACGAGUGGCCAGCUGAUCGCAAAGGUGACACCUUCAUGAUCCAAGAGCAAAUAUCCCAAUACCUGGGUGUUAAGUCAUUCAAACGAAAAUAUCCAGAUCUGAAGAGACGAAUGGUGGACAUGGAGGAGAGAAAUCAUCUGCGUGAGAAUGGUCUCGUCAGUGAAUCCAUGUGUGACAUGGGGUUGACAGCUGUCUGCAGCAGUGAAGUAUUGGACAUAAUGUGCAGUGAUUUUCCGGAUCAGUACGAGGAGUACAGAAAGCACAUGAGGGAGAAGCAGAUAAAGGAGCAUUCGAAGAAGCAGAAGGAAUUGACAGCUGCUGCAAAUGCUGAAAAAAAUAGAAUUGAUUUGGCGGAGAUGGCUGUGCAAUCAGCAAUGUCCUGGAACGCUGGUUUCAACAAAGCGAGGAAAGAGUCGAGGAAGUGCAGUCUGGACCUCCAGACAUUCACUAUUCACGUACCCAAGAAGCAGCAGAAAAUCGAGGAAAAUACGAAUGUCAGUCAUUAUCCUGUUGCCUUCAUUCCAGGACAGUACACGGAUUAUUACAGGGAGUAUACACCAGCUGAGUUGAGGUACUAUCCUCUCAACACUGUUUUGUAUGGGCCCAUGAGGCCCAAUGUGAGGAAAUUUGAUAGUCAGUCCGAGGGGUCGCAGAGUGACAGCGACAGUGAUUCCUCGUCUGAUGAUUCCAGCUCGUCUAGCUCUGAAGGCACUCAGGACACUGAGGGCUCUCAGUCCACAAUGGAUGAUGUUGAUAUUGAUUUGUCAAGUCAGAAGGACAAAUCCCUCAAGUGCAAAAUGUGUCUCAAGAAUUUGAACAAGUUUAGCAAACCUGAGUUGCAGAUACAGUGUGGUACUUGUAAUGGAUAUGUACAUCCCUCCUGCAUCGAUCUCACUUUGGAUAUGGUACCUCACAUUCAGGCUUAUGCCUGGCAGUGCACUGAUUGCAAAACCUGCGCUCAGUGUCACGAUCCAGCUGAUGAGGACAAGAUGCUGUUCUGUGAUAUGUGCGACAGAGGGUAUCAUAUAUAUUGUGUGGGCCUGCGGAGGGUUCCUCAAGGACGUUGGCAUUGCCAGGAGUGCGCCAUGUGUGCCAGUUGCGGAUCCAGAGAGCCAGGAGGCAUGUGUGCGGAGAGAAAUAGUGUCGCCCAGUGGCAACACGAGUACAAAAAAGGAGAUAAAAAUACAAGGGUUUAUGUCUCGACUCUCUGUGUUCCUUGCUCCAAACUGUUUGGAGAGCAAGGACCUGAUAAUAAAUCGGAAAAACUACCAGUGUGAUUACUGCAUGCUAAAUCGACAGCAGAUGGGAAAAUCUUUGGUAUCCAAAGGUUUAAAAUCGUAGGAGGAAACAUCGGCCACUGGAAUUUUCACAUGUUAAAGGCUGUAAAUCGGUGAUUCGUUGGAUUUAUUUAUCGAUUUUUCCACAUUGGCUCAAUUGUUUCGAUCCCAUCAUUAUGUAGCCUAUAAUUCCAGAUAAACUGACAAUUCGUUUCAUCUUUUCACGUUUUUCAUCUUAAAAAAAUCAAGCAACAUACAUUCGUUUUUUUCUACAUUGCAAAAGUUCAUGCGUGCAUUCAUUAGAAUUAAGAGUUAAAUAAAAGGACAACAAUUGGAAAGAGAAAA